AUGAUUACCUCAAGUAUUAUUGAAUCAUUUACUAUUCAUUUCUUCUUACCAUUUUUAAAUUUUGUUACUUUUUUUCUGUUCUUUUUGUUUUUUAAAAUGGAAGACUUGUUUUUUAUUACUUCCAAAAAAAAAAAACUUGUGUCAGAAAAACUUUUAGAAACAACAGAAAAUGAAAAGGACAACCAAAAAGAGGAAUAUUUUUGUACACGUUCAAAAAACAAAUUAAUAAAAAAUAAAAAUAAUUUAUCAAGUAUCGAAACCUUUACUUCCUAUAUGUCACAUCCAAAACGUUGCGCUUUAAAUUCUAUAGAAAGUGAUGAGAAGGAAAAUAUUUUAUCCAUCGAUCUGAACAAUGUUCUUGAUACAUAUAAAAAAACAAAUACCGAUACGACAGGUUCUGAUAAGAUUACCGUUUUAAUAAAUAAAGAGAAAAGUAAUAAUAAGAAUGGCCAUAGUAAUAAUAAGGAUGGUCAUAGUAAUAAUAUAUAUAAUGAUAAUAUUCAUUAUAAUAAUGAACCCCUUUUAAAAAAUAAUGAAUUAAAGGGAGCCCUUAAAAUUGAGUUUCCUUUCUCUACACCUAUAAAUAAUGAAAAGAAAAAUUUCAUCUACUCAAAUAAUAUUUUUUACAAAUAUUAUAUAAAUAAUUAUGAAGAAGAACAAAAUGGAGUUCAUACAAAUAAUAAUUAUAAUCUUCAUAGUAAUAAUACUACUAAUUAUGCUCAUGAAAUUAAUCCAACUAUUCAUCAUACUCAUAUGAAUAAUAUAAAUAAUAAUAGUAAUAAUAUAAGCGCAAAUAUAGCUAAGGAUGUAUUACGCGCAUGGUAUAAUGAACAGGAGAACCAAAACGAUUCAGCAGAUUCAAAGAAUUCUAAUACAGAAUAUAUAAGAAUACAAAAGGUUUAUGAAACGAAUGAUAAUGACAUGAAUCCAUUUUUUUAUGCAAACAAAGAUUUUAAAAACAAUAAAUAUAAUCAUAAUAAAAUUGAUGAUCAAUGUGUAGAGAAAUAUAAUGAUAACAAAAUAAAUGACCAAUGUGUAGAGAAAUAUAAUGAUAACAAAAUAGAUGAUCAAUGUGUCGAUAAAUAUAAUGAUAACAAAAUAAAUGACCAAUGUGUCGAUAAAUAUAAUGAUAACAAAAUAGAUGACCAAUGUGUAGAGAAAUAUAAUGAUAACAAAAUAAAUGACCAAUGUGUAGAGAAAUGUCUUGAUAAUAAAAGUAAUAUUAAUAAUGAGGAUUAUUUUGAAAAUUUUAUAGUAAACGAAAAUAAUAAUUUCAGAGAUACAAUAAUUUGUGAUGAAAAUAAUAAAAUGAUUAUAAUUAAAAAAGUAGAAGAUGAACGAAAUAGGCAAGGUGACGAUUUUAAUUAUUUACAUGAUAUAUUAGAAAAAACGUAUAAGGAAUAUAUAAAUUUUGACGGUUCGGAAUAUAUAUAUAUAUAUGAUAUAUGUGUGAAGAAGGAUAACCCGAACGAUAAUAAUAAAACAUUGGAAAAUAACAAAACGUUGGAAAAUAACAAAACGUUGGAAAAUAACAAAACGUUGGAAAAUAACAAAACGUUGGAAAAUAACAAAACGUUGGAAAAUAACAAAACGUUGGAAAAUAACAAAACGUUGGAAAAUAACAAAACAUUGGAGAAUGACAAAACAUUUGAGAAUAACAAGACAUUUGAGAAUAACAAAACAUUUGAGAAUGACAAAACAUUUGAGAAUAAUAUUACAAACGAUGUCAAUAUUAAUCAUAACAUUCUUAAUAAAAAAAUCAAUCAUAUUGAAAAUGAAAUCAUUAUUAACAAUCCUCAUAAAAAUGAAUAUAACAUUUUUAAUAAUAUAUCUUUGCAUAUUAACAAACUAAAAGGAUUGUUCAUUUCUCCAAGCAAAUUGGAUGAAGACCAAAGUAAUAUUUCAACAGAUAUUAUACACCUAUCUGAACAAGUAAGAAAUAAUAUGACUAGUAAGAAGAUGGUAUUAUGUAAUGAUAAUUAUACACAACAAAAUAUACAAGAAAUAGAUAAAACAAAUGUUCAAGACAAUAAUGAAAACAAAAUGGUAACACAUUAUGAUAUUCAAACUAGGGAUAAAAAAGUAAUGAUGAAAGACAUGGAGAAAAGUAAUUUUAUGGAUAAAUUGAACUAUAUAUUUUUUACAGCUAUAAAUAAUACUAGCUCAACUAUGAAGAAUAAUACACAUGAUAAUAUCACAAGUAAUAAUACUACACAUGAAAAUAAUAAUAGUAAUAAUAAUAAUUGUAGUAAUAAUUACAACUCGUAUAAUUUUCAGAUCAAAGAAGUGUCACAGGAAUAUCUUUUUGAAAAUAUGAACAUGGAUCAUAUACAAACUAAUAUGAAUUAUAAUAUUAAAAGAAGAAUAUAUGAAACAGAUAUUUAUGAUAUACAAAUUAUUAAAAAAGGAUAUAAUUACAUUUAUAUAAAAGAUGGAGAAUGGAAAUAUUUUUUCUGUGUUUUAUUUUAUUUACAAAAUAAUAUAGGACUUAAAAAUGAUAUAAUCUGUAAACAUUAUUGUAAAAUUUAUCAUAGAGGAGAUUAUAUAUUAAAACAAAUAAAUGAUAAUAAUUCUUCAGAUAUAUGUACUAAUUAUUUUCUCGCCUUUUUUGAAGAUAUAUAUUUUAAUAAACAUCAGCUUAAUAAUUUAGAGCUAGCUAUACUUAUUAAAAAAAAAUCAUAUGAAUUUAUAUUUGAAAUAACAAAAUAUAAAACACCAGAUAUUAUACACAAUUUUCAUUAUAUAUAUAUUGAUGAAUACAAAAAAACAAAUAAUUGUCUUAAUAUAUUUGACGUAAAUCAUAAUUCAUAUUAUAUCAUACCAUUCAUUUUUAAAACAACCCAAACAUAUCAUCAUCACAAACAUAACAUACAUGAUGAUGAAAAACAAAACAAUGAACAUCUUAGUAAUCAAAUCAAUUUUUGUUGUGAUACAUUAAAAGAUUGGAAUGAAUCUAUAUAUUUUAUAACCAAAAAAAUGGAAGAAAACAACAAUGAAAACGUUACGAAUCGAAAACAAAAUGAACAGAAGAUACAUUAUGUUAAUAAAAAAUUAAAUCAAUGGAUACACGUAUUCAAGCAGGAAAGAAAUAUAAAACACCUCUGA